AGUAUAAAAUGUAUUGUUUCAGACUGGUAUGGAGAAAGGGCCAGAGUGCAAUGUGCUCAGUCCUAUACAGACCAUGGACCGAGCUUGGGACACCAUAUUUGUGGGGACAAGGACAGGGUUUGUCUUGCAGUUUGAAUGUAAGAACAACAUGUUAAUCCCAGUGAGCACCGUCAAAUUCUCCGACCAGUCGAUCCUGGCUCUCCGGGCAAUGAAGGAGGGACCGCGCAAGGUUCUGCUCGUGGCCGCUCGCUUUGAGGACGUCACUGUCAAGGACGCCCAAACCGGCCUAUUGUUGAGGACGCUGGAGGGGCCUAAGAUGACCGUGUACACGCUGCUGUAUGAAGAAGGCAAGGUGUAUUGCGGGACCAGCAGCCAUCAGAUACACGUUUUUGAUUAUACUAGCGGCUCGCACACGGGCAUCCACGAGGGCGGCAAGGGCACCGUGUGCAUCCGCGUCACCGGCGGCCUGCUGUUCGCCGGCUGCUACGACGGCUGCGUCUACAUCUACCGCGACGGCGAGCCGCGCCCGCUGGCCCAGCUGCGCGGGCCCGGCCUCAUGCUGCUGUCGCUGGCCGUGCUGGGCAGCAAGAUUAUCGCGGGAUAUAAAGAUAGGAGUUUGUUCAUAUGGAAGAUUCCACUUAGCAUACUACAAGAAAUGAUUUUAUAAAAUAUCUGGGUGUCUUAGAUGAAAUCUCACCUAUUGUUUUGUUACUUGUAACUAUUCACCUAUUUUCUAGUAUGUACCUAUCUUGUAAAUAAA